CUCUCCCUCGGGGCCCUGCAGUCAGACACAGACUACGGUAUGAGAGCCCUCGUUUGGUGAGGGAGGGCUUUUGUUAGUAAUCACAGUUCACUUUGGAGUUGCCAAGCAGGACCAAGUCGGAAUUCCACUCGCCUUUCAACUCCGACCAUAGUGGACCUCAGCAAAGUCUGCAAAAAGAUGGAAAACAACUUUCUAAAAUGGAUCCUAAACUUUUGCAUGUUCUGCACCGUGUCAGGUGAAGGUUGCUCUCUGGAGCUGAAACCCUCCAGGGUGGUGGUGGGGUUUGGGGAGCCUGUUUCCGUCAGCUGUGAUGCCUCUCGCCCGGUGCGUGUCUUAGGCUGGGAGUCAGCCAUCGGGGCAGCACACACCCAACAGGACCGUGCUGUCCAAUGGAAGGUGGACAGUCUGAUCGACUGGAUCGAGGAGCCUAUCUGCUAUGGAGUCUUCUUCACUGCACCCAGACAGUGUGAGGAGAAACUCAACCUCAUUCUUUACAAGACUCCAGACAGUGUCACUAUCAGCUCAGCGAACCACACUGGUCCCAUGUUGGAGGGGAAAGAGUACCAGCUGCUCUGUGAUGUCCAGAACAUUGCCCCUGUUCAAUACCUCACCCUGAGGUGGUACAGAGGGCAGACUGAAGUUUACAACCACUCUUUCUCUGAUCUGACCCCAGCCUCCCCUGUCCAAGUAUCCUCCAUCCUCCUGAUCACCCCAACCAAAGCUGAUAACGGAGCCCAGUACAAGUGCGUGGCUCAGCUGGACUUGGGACCAGAGGGACCACAACCGCCUCCUUCAGUUACAUCAGAGCCUCUCAACGUCUCUGUGCACUACCCCCCAUCCUUCCUCAGUCCUGAGGCUGAGACCCUGGACAUCGGUAUGGGGGAUGAAAUCACAUUAAACUGUACGGCUACAGGAAGCCCCAGUCCUGUGUACAGCUGGCAGUCUUCAGAUCCCAAAGAGAAGAUGGAGGACCUACCUCUUUUUACCUCUUCCUCCUUGCUUCCAGGGACCUACACCUGCAUUUCCUCUAAUAAGAUUGGCAAGAAGAGUAAGCAAUUCAUCAUCAAGACUAAGUCUUAAGGUGUGAGAAUGUCAUCAUUGUCAGCCAGACCAUCGCACAGAAAAAAAGGAAUCGCCUUACAUUUUUAAAGACUUUGGUCAUGUAAUAGUUUAUAGUAGCAUAUUGUGUUAUGAUUGAUUCUUGUUGUUAUUGCAACAUAACGUAUACUUUGAUGUGUUUAAAUAUAUAUGUAGGGUAUACAGUUCACUUUCAGUGUGGAGAACCCUAGAACGAGAGGUAGUGUGAAUAAUUAUAUCCAUUAAUAAGCUAUCCAUUAACUUUAUUUUGGAAAUCUACGUUGUUGUUUAUGUUCUCUUUUUUACAUGCAUAAAAACACUAAUAAAAUGACAAAUGUAUAUUUA